GGCUUCUCCAUGAUUAAAGUCCCUUCAAAUGUCAUGUUUGAGAGACUUGACAAUUAAUUCAAGAAGAAGAAAAAACUAAAAAGUUUCUUUUUCUUUUUUCUUUUUCUCAAAAUAAAAAACAGAAACCCUAAAGCUCUCUCUGUUUCUUCUUCCACAAACAGUGUUGGGCUGAGUCGCCCCGGCAUUGUUUCUCGUACUACUAUGGAGCUUCAACUAGCCACCGCUGAGAAAGAAGUGCUUGAGGAGUUGGUGAAGUUACUGCAGAGUCGAGAUUUGCGAGGAGAAAAAGGGAACUGGAAGGAGUUUUUGAAUGUUUACGACAAAAAUGUUCAAUCACCUAUUGACCCUUCGAGGCGUUCCCGUGACGAUUUGGUCCAGUUUCUGACUACUUUUAAAAAGAAACAAGAUUUGCAAGUUCUGAAAUGUCACGCCAAUCAUCUUCUGAUUGAAAAGUUGAAGCAGGAAUCCGAAGAUAGAGACACUCCUGAGCAGAUGCUAGUUAGAUUGACCGUUGAGCAUCUGAAUUACUCUCUAGACUAUUCGUUCCAGCCAUACUCCGAGGACUGGUUUGUAUCUGAUGUUGGAUUGAAGAUGUCAAAGGUGAUGAAAUCAACUCAAAUAGUAGCUCUUGAUUGUGAGAUGGUUCUUUGUGAAGAUGGGACUGAGGGUUUAGUUAGAGUUGGCGCUGUAGACCGUGAUUUAAAGGUGAUUCUUGACAAAUUUGUGAAACCGGACAAACCUGUUGUUGACUACAGAGCACACAUAACAGGUGUGACUGCUGAAGAUAUCGCAAAUGCUACACUCUCUGUGGCAGAUAUACAGGAAACUUUGCAGCCUCUUCUUUCUGAGGGUACGAUUUUGGUAGGUCACAGUUUGAACAGAGAUUUGCAAGUGUUGAAGAUAGAUCAUCCCAAAGUAAUUGAUACCGCGCUUGUGUUCAAGUAUUCAAAUGCACGAAAGCUCAGAAGACCUUCACUUAACAACCUUUGCAAGUCUAUUUUGGGUUGCGAAGUCCGAAAGGUCGACGUUCCUCAUGAUUGUGUACAUGAUGCAACAGCUGCGAUGAAACUUGCACUUGCUGUUAUAGAGAAAAGAGCUGACACAACAAUCAAACCAUCUAAAGAGAUGCUGGAGGUUGAGAAAAGAAAACUCUUUCUACAUAAAAUCCCUCACAAUGUGACAUCUGAAGAGCUGAACCAACUUCUUUCUGGAGAGUUUACACUUGAAGUUAAGCCAGCAAAAACGGAGAGAGGUUACCGUUGUGCAUUUGCUGUUUUUGAUAAUUCAGAAGAAGCAGAUCAAGCAUUUGAAAACGUUGAUGGAACCCAAAUGACGGAUUCAUUGGGGUUGCCACAGAAACUGGUCGUCUUGAAGCGGAGUUCGGGAUCAAUAGCUAGUUUAUAUGUCCGUAAAAUGGUUCAAGAUGAUGAUGCAACGUAGGACUAGAUUUAACUGUUAUAAUCUAGGAUUCUGAUAAGGUUUGACGUUGAUUUAUAAAUCUACUAAGAGGAGUUCUAAGUUAAGAUGCGGGAAUGAGAUUAUCUAAUAUUAUGCAAUUGGGAACCAAUGAAAAGAUUCUGUUAUUUUGUUUUACAACUUGCAAUUGUUACAACUGUUUCUUUUGUGAUGAGAAGCUAUAUAGAAACAGAAUCAAUACAAAAAUCUGUUGUACU